ACGCGGCGGUUGGACGCGGACGCCGGCGGCCCGGAGAGCAUCAGCGUGGGGGCGGAGUCUCAGCAACAGGCCACGUCCCCUCCCGGCCCCGAGCCGGAGCGGCGGGCGGCACAGCUGAAGCACCAACUGAGCACGCUCACCAGCGCCAUCGCCACGGUGACGCAGGAGAAGUCCCGGAUGGAGGCGAGUUUCCAGGCCGACAAGCGGCAGCUGAAACAGGAAGUGGAGGAGCUGCAUCAGCGGCUGGCGCAGCGCGACGCAGACGUUGGCGCCCUGCAGCAGCAGCUAGCGGAGAGCCGCGCCCGCGUUAUCACGCAGCAGCACGAGAGGGCGCAGGAGACCGGCGACCACGCCACGCAGCUGCGGGAGCUGCAGAGGAUCCUGCAGCAGGAGAGAGACCUGCGGCAGGAUGCAGAGCUCCGCCUCCAGGACGCCAACGCCGCGCUGCUCGCUAACACACAGGCCGUGGAGCGGGGGGCGGAGUCUGAGGCUCACCUAAGCCAGGUGAGUCAGGAGAGAGACGAGCUGAAGGAGAAGCUGCUCGCCUCCGAGCGACAUCACAAGAAACCUGAUCCCCGAUUGGACGAGCUGCAGCAAGAGCUGGCGCACCUGAAGAAGAACUUCCAGACGCAGAGCGACAUCCAAACCAAGAAGGCCAGCGAGGCGGAGCAGCGUGCUACUGAGCGUGCUCAGUGCGCUGAGCGGCGUGCAGCGGGUCUGGAGCAGCGUGUGUCGGAGCUGUCGGAGCUGCUGGGCGGCGCGGAGAGGGCGCGGCACCGCGAGCAGACGGCGGCCCAGAGACUCCGAGACCGUGUCCUGCAGCUGGACCACGAGAACAAGAUGCUGGCCAAGGCCAUGACCUCUGACCUAGGCCUAGAGAACAAGAUGCUGGCCAAGGCCGUGACCUCUGACCUUGGCGUGGACGAGUCGCAGCUGGACGUUGGUGUCCUGAAGGAGAAGCUGGAGAACGUAAAGAAGAUGCUGCAGCUGGCGGCGAAGGUAGACCCCGAGCACAGUACCCAGGACGAGGUCCAGGACAUCCAGAACCUGCAGGUUCAGAACCUCCAAAAGGGACAGGACAUCAAGAAGAUCCAGAACAUCCAGAAGGUCCAGGACCUUGAGGCGUUGCCGGGCGGAGACGAGGCCUCCGCGGCGGCGGUCUACCGCCAGGAGCUGCAGCAGCUGCGGGACGAGUUUGAGCGCUACAAGCUGCGGGCGCAGCUGGUUCUGAAGAACAAGAACGCCAAAGAUGGCUGCCAGGCCCGGGAGCUGGAGGAGGCGCGGGACCAGCUGGCCGAGCUGAAGGAGAAGUACAUUCACCUGCGUCUCCAUAGCGACGAGGCCGAGACCCUGCACCGCCGAGACCUGGACCAGCACCGAAACCACGUCUCCGCCCUGCAGCUUGCCCACAGGCAGGACCUGGACCGCCUGCAGGCAACGCACAGGGACGCACUGCUCAGGCUGGAGGCAGAGCUGCACAAGCAGAGAGACAGGACGCUGGCUCUGCUGCAGAGAAGACCAGAGCUGGAGCGUCUCCGUGCGGCGGCGUUUGCCGCGCUGCACCGACGCCGCGGCGCCGCCGGCCGCCGAGUCCUCGCCGGCCCGGACGGCGAUGGUGACAUCAUCGCGGCGGCGCUGCGGCGGGCGGCGCCCGGCGAGCCCACGCUGCUGCUGUACGCCGAGCAGCUGGCGCGGAAGGAGGCGGAGCUGGGCGCGCUGCGGCGGCAGAAGCACGCGCUGGACGGGGACGUCCACCGGCUGCAGGCGCGCCUGGUGGCCGACGCCGAGCGCCACGGCGAGGAGGCGGCGGCGCUGCAGGGGCAGCUGGACGCGCUGCUCCGGGACCGCAGCCGCGCCGGCGCCAACGUGGAGUACCUGAAGAACGUGUUCUCGUUCCUCACGCUGCCGGACGCCGGCGGGCGCCAGCAGACGCUCGCCGCCAUCCUCGCCAUCCUGCACUUCAGCCCGCAGGAGAAGCAACGCGUGCUGCGGCUGCAGGGCGCCGCCUGGUGGCCGGGAGCCCGGUAGACCGCCCUGCUGCUACACUACAA